AUGCGUGGGGCUAUCCACGACAAGUUUCGAGAUGACCCGUCAAGAUUUCAGGGCCCCGUAUCCUCACGUCUGUGUGAAUGCCAGUCCGUCAGAUCGUGUCUGAGACACAGCUGCUUUGUGAAACGCGCUUGGGGACCCAUCCAGUUCAGCAUCGUGUUCGAUGAAUGCAAUUUUCCUUUCAGCGCAAGCUCGAUUUCUCAGCAACGUCCCUACGUGGAGGAGGCCGAGCGGCUGCGGGUGAAGCACAUGCAAGAUUAUCCCAACUACAAAUACCGGCCCCGGCGGAAGAAGCAGGUCAAGCGGAUCUGCAAGCGGGUGGACCCCGGGUUUUUGCUGGGCAGCCUGACGCGGGACCAAAACGCGGUGCCGGAGAAGCGGACCUGUGGCCGGGCCGCGGGAGAGAAAGAGGGGCCGGGUGAGUACCCCCCUCGCCCGGGGCUGCCAGCCGUCCGGGGAUACCGGGAGGCCCCGGGCAGCAGCAGCAGCACCAGCGUGGACACCUACCCCUACGGGAUGCCCACCCCGCCGGAGAUGUCUCCGCUGGACGCCAUAGACCCCGAGCAGAGCUUCUUCUCCUCGCCCUGCCCCGACGAGCAUCACUGCUCCCACCUCGCUGGAGCCACCUACUCCCCGGAGUACGCGGGCAGCUCCCUCCCGUGCAACCACCACCCUCUCAGCCCCAUGCCGCAGCCCACCACCUGCAUGAUCCCCCCGCCCUCCAGCUGCCCUCCCCUUCCUCCUCCUCCUCCUCCCAGCUACUACACGCCCUCCUUCUCCUCCCUGCACCCCCCCAGCCUCCAUGCCCACCUGGGCCAGCUUUCCCCACCACCUGACCACCACAGCUUUGACACCUUGGACCAGCUGAGCCAAGCCGAGCUCCUGGGGGAGAUGGACCGCAAUGAGUUUGACCAGUAUCUCAACAACCCCAGCCAUGGCGACCACCACGGCGGGGUCUUGGUCAAUGGACACGUCCCAGCAGCUGGCAGCUCCCACACCUCCGAAACCAGCCUCAUCUCUGUCCUUGCUGAUGCCACGGCCACCUACUACAAUAACUACAGCGUCUCCUAG